AUGCCGUAUUUCAUCGGCGUCGACGUGGGCAGUGCGAGCGUUCGCGCCGGGCUCUUCGACGAAAAUGGGGCGAAAUUCGGCCAGACUUCGAAGGAAGUAACGAUUUUCCGGCCAAAACCCGAGCACGCCGAGCAGUCGUCCAACGAGAUUUGGCAUGCCGUGUGCAGUACAAUAACGGAACUUUUGAACAAUGCCAAAGAGGUGCCACGAGCCGAGAUAUUAGGAAUCGGCUUUGACGCGACUUGUUCGCUGGUGAUUUUGGGUGAAAAUGGAGCGCCGCUACCUGCUACAAUGGACGGCCCCGCCCACCGUAACAUUAUAAUGUGGAUGGACCACCGAGCCAAGGCCCAGGCCGAUCUAAUCAAUUCCGGCAAUCACGAUGUGCUAAAAUACGUCGGCGGCCGCCUGAGCCUCGAGAUGCAAAUCCCAAAAUUACUGUGGCUACGCGAGAAUAACCCGGCCACCUACCGUAACGCAGGCUAUUUCAUGGAUCUGCCCGAUUUCUUGACGUAUCGGGCCACCGGGCGUGACAUUCGCUCAAUAUGUUCCGCCACUUGCAAAUGGACAUAUUUGGCCGAAGAAAAUCGAUGGGAUCCUGAAUUUUUCGGGGCGCUAGACUGGCACUUUUUGGCCAAAGAUUUUCACGUGCUACCGUACCACCACGGCAAUCGGUCCCCCAGGGCAAAUUCUAGCCUAAAGGGCGCCCUACACGGCUCUACUCUGGAGAAUAACGUACCCCAGCUAGCGGUACAGUACCUGGCCACUUGCCAGGCAAUUGCCCUCGGCCAUCGCCAUAUUAUUGACACCCUGAACUCGGCGGGCUACCGUAUCCGGGAAAUUGUGGUGUCCGGAGGGUUGGCGCGGAACGAACUGUAUUUACAGAUGAUCGCAAACGCGACACGCUGCCGUGUGCUGCUCUGUCGUGAGCCAGAUGCGAUGCUGCUGGGCGGGGCGAUAAUGGCUACCCGCCAAAUGACCGCCAUUUCCCGUGCCAUCGAUCCUGCCCCCCAUCUGGCCGAGUAUUACGCGAGGAAAUUCGCCGUUUUCCUCGAGCUCCGCGAUGAUCAGCUCAAAUAUGAGCGAAUUAUGCGGGGCUCUGGAAUU